GGACAAGGUGCCCAAAGGAUCCCCACGCUCGUGGGGAGGGGACCAGAGCAUCAUGGCACAGUCCAUCUCAGCUUUCCAGGUUGCCUACAUCUCCAUCGAAGUCCUCAUCGCCUUGGUGUCCGUGCCAGGCAACAUCCUGGUUAUCUGGGCUGUAAAGAUGAACCAGGCACUGCGGGAUGCCACUUUCUGCUUCAUCGUCUCGCUGGCAGUGGCUGAUGUGGCCGUGGGAGCCCUGGUUAUCCCCCUGGCCAUCAUCAUCAACAUCGGACCACAGACAGAGUUUUACAGCUGCCUCAUGGUGGCCUGCCCCGUGCUCAUCCUCACCGAGAGCUCCAUCCUGGCGCUCCUGGCCAUUGCUGUGGACCGAUACCUGCGAGUGAAGAUCCCCGUCAGAUACAAAAGCGUGGUGACACCCCGGCGUGCAGCCGUGGCCAUUGCUUGCUGUUGGAUCAUCUCCUUUCUGGUGGGACUUACCCCUAUGUUUGGCUGGAACAACCUGAACAAGAUGCGGAGGACUCAGGAGCUGAAUGGCAGCCACACAGAGUUUGUCAUCAAGUGUCAGUUCGAGACCGUCAUCAGCAUGGAGUACAUGGUGUACUUCAACUUCUUUGUCUGGGUCCUGCCUCCCCUGCUGCUGAUGCUGCUCAUCUACCUGGAAGUCUUCAACCUCAUCCGCAAGCAGCUCAACAAGAAGGUCUCCUCCAGCUCCACUGAUCCCCAGAAGUACUAUGGGAAGGAGCUGAAGAUCGCCAAGUCCUUAGCACUGGUCCUGUUCCUCUUUGCGCUGAGCUGGCUCCCCCUGCACAUCCUCAACUGCAUCACCUUGUUCUGUCCGUCCUGCGAGACACCUCACAUCCUCACGUACAUCGCCAUCUUCCUCACCCAUGGCAACUCAGCCAUGAACCCCAUCGUCUACGCCUUCAGGAUCAAAAAGUUCCGGACAGCCUUCCUGCAAAUCUGGAACCAGUACUUCUGCUGCAAAACCAACAAAAACGUCAACAGCACCGCCGCCGAGCCAGGCAACUAGGAGCUAGGCAAGAGAAGAGACGGAGUUCUCCAUGCCCACGUUCCCACCUUCCUGCUGU